UAACCAACAAACGGCUUCCUUCCCCGUCCGCGAUUGUCCUAAUCGCCCUUUCUUCAGCUCGCCAUCUCCAUAGCCUCUUAACUCAGGCUUAUCUUCCUUGUUGAUUAGUUUGAGAGAGAGUUUCUGAAUCUUGAUUUCCAAAAAAGCCCCCGUCUUUUUCCAGUAAUGCCAAAUAUAAACCUCUGUUCUUCAAGAUAGGCGGUGGAAAAUUCAAACAUGAUUGUCAGAACUUAUGGUCGUCGAAACCGGGGCUUAACCAGAACCUACUCCGAUUUGAUAGACGAAACCGUUCCCGAAAACUCCUUCAAGGACUCUUUUACUCUCUCCUCCCAAGAAAACCCAUCUCAAGAUUUCCAUAGUUUGCCAUUCUCCUCCCAAGAAUCUUCCUCUCACUGGCCCUCCUUCGAUCCCGAUCCAUAUAACUUCAAUUCAUCGCAGGAGAAUGCUUUUUCGAAUAGCUUCGUUUCCAGGAAGUCAAAGAAACCAAAGAAUGGCAAAUUUGAUAGAACCGCCGGCAAGAGUAGCAAUUCUAGGUCGUUGGUUCCUGUGACUUCAACAUUGAUGGAGGCGCAGGAAUUCGGGGAGAUGAUGGAGCAUGUCGAUGAGGUUAAUUUUGCGCUUGAUGGGUUGAGAAAAGGCCAGCCUGUUAGGAUCAGGAGGGCCAGCUUGUUGUCUCUGUUGUCGAUUUGUGGCACAGUGCAGCAGCGACGGCUCUUGAGGACUCAAGGGUUCGCAAAGACAAUACUUGAUGCUAUUUUGGGUCUCAGCUUUGACGACUCAUCCAGCAGUCUUGCUGCUGCAACUCUUUUCUAUGUUUUGACUGGUGAUGGUCAGGAUGAUCACCUUUUGGAAUCACCCAGUUGCAUUCAUUUCCUAAUUAAACUGUUGAAACCAGUCAUUUCUACUGCUGCUAAAGACAAAGCCGUAAAUAUUGGAAAUAAGCUUUUAGGGUUACGCAAAGAUUCUGAUAUCUUCAGGGAUACAACGAAACUGGUAGAUUCCAGCUCUGCUGAUAUUGUUGCCAAGGUUCAGGAAGUUCUUGUUAGCUGCAAGGACAUUAAGACAUGCUGUGAUGAUAAUGGAAUGGAGAGGCCAGAGUUGAGCCCAAAGUGGAUAGCUUUGCUGACAAUGGAGAAAGCUUGCUUGUCUAAGAUAUCAUUUGAAGAUACAUCUGGCAUGGUAAGGAAGACAGGUGGGAACUUUAAGGAGAAGUUACGGGAACUGGGAGGGCUUGAUGCUGUCUUUGAGGUUACCAUGAAAUGUCACUCUCUUUUGGAGACAUGGACUGGACAAAGUUCAUCUACCAUUGAAGGCACGACAGAUGACUCAAUCUUGCAGAGCCUGGUGCUACUUCUAAAAUGUUUGAAAAUCAUGGAAAAUGCUACAUUCCUUAGCAAUGAUAAUCAGAGUCAUUUGCUUGGCAUGAAAGGAAAGUUGGAUUCUCAUGGAUACCGACUUUCUUUUACAGCACUUAUGAUAAGUAUCAUCAAGAUUCUGUCUAGUCUUUAUCUAUGCAAAAGUGCUGCUAAUAAUUCCAAUGAUGGAAAGCCUUGCAGUCUUUCUGAUGGUAGAGAUCAUGCGUCUGAUUUGGCUUUAAUUGCAGAUCACAAAGUAAAUGAUAAUGAAAUUAUAUACAUCAGUUCUUCAACAAAUUGCUCUGGUGCAGAGAGAGCAUCCUCUGAAAAAAGCUUUAAUGCAACUCAGGAAUCCAUUUCCCAGUUUAACUUUUAUGCUUCCAGUUCUGAAACUACUUCUACAUUCAUGAAUGAUUCUUGCCAAUUAAGGAUGAGAGUCCACUCUUCCACGUCCAGCUCGUCUAGUGGCAUAUUAAGGAGAUCUACUGGCGGAAUACCUGUAGAUAAUAAUGGGUUAAGGACAGAAUUUGGGCUUCCUGACAGAACUAAUUGUACCACAAAUACCAAGUAUGAACUCUUAGAAAAUAACCAAGAUCCCUUUGCAUUUGAUGAAGAUGAAUUUCAGCCCUCAAAGUGGGACUUACUAUCUGGAAAACGGAAAAAAUCUCAGUCUCGAAAUCGCAGUGUAAAUGUAGUCUCAAAAGAACUUGAAGAUGAGUGUCAGUAUCAGCUAAUGGGCCAAGAAGAAUUAAUCAAUGGUGAAAAUCACAAACAAAAAUCAAGACAUGUGGAAAAUAAUCCUUCACAAGAAAACUCUCAUCGCAAUGCUGCUGAGGAAGAACAUUCCAGCCUUCUGGCAGACUGUCUUCUUACUGCUGUCAAGGUUUUAAUGAAUUUAACGAAUGACAACCCUAUUGGGUGUGAAAAAAUUGCUGUAUGUGGUGGGCUGGAAACAAUGUCAUCUUUGAUUGCUGCCCAUUUCCCUUCAUUCAGUUCAUCUUUACCUUUCUUCAGUAAGAUGAAAGAUGAUUCCUCAUGCGUUGAACUUGAAAGUCAGAAUGAUGAUCAUCUUACUGAUCAAGAGUUGGAUUUUCUUGUUGCUAUUUUGGGCCUACUAGUGAACUUGGUUGAGAAGGAUGGUCAUAACAGGUCAAGGCUUGCGGCAACAACUGUUGCAUUACCUAGCUCAGAAGGGGUAUAUGAGGAGAAUCACAGGGAUGUAAUUCCCCUAUUGUGUUCAAUCUUUCUAAUGAACCAAGGUGCAGGUGAUGCAUCUGGAGAAGGAAAUACUGUGGCAUGGAAUGAUGAGGCGGCUGUGCUACAAGGAGAGAAAGAAGCUGAGAAGAUGAUUGUAGAAGCUUAUGCAGCACUCCUACUUGCAUUCCUUUCAACGGAAAGUAAGAACAUUCGUGAUUCUAUUGCUGAUUGCCUCCCAAGUCAUAGCCUGGCUGUUCUUGUUCCUGUAUUGGAGAGAUUUGUGGCAUUUCAUUUGACGUUAAACAUGAUAUCUCCGGAGACUCAUAAAGCUGUGAGUGAAGUAAUUGAAUCGUGUAGGAUACAUUGAAAGCUCAAGAGAUGCAAAUUCUUGUACAGCCUCUUUCUUCUUUUCAGAUAAACUUCUGGUGUACAAUGUCGUUAGAUUGCAGCAACACACCCAUCAAAACUGACUACCUGCCUGCACUUAAUCUGAUUGACCUUUGCCAUUUUUUAA